AUGAUCAGCGACUUCCUUUCAACGCCACUUGACAGCUGUGCACCACGAAUGGCAUACAGCGGCUCACCACGCGCACGAAAACCUGCAAUGUACAGAGGAACUCCCCCAACGUUCACUUCAACACUCCGAUGCGUCCAGUCUGGCUCCGACAUCGGGUUGCCGGGAGACAGUUGGGAGAUCCAACUCACACCCGACGGCAACGUUCAGAAAGACGGCCCUGUUGAUGGAAUUAUUGAUCUCUUUGCACCUCUCCCGAGAUUUUCCGUCGGUGUUGCACAGACGCGCGGUCUUCGCCAGUAUAUGGAAGACUAUGUCUGCAGCUGCCACUUGGAACGGAACAAAGACGUCAUCGGCGUCUUUGAUGGCCACAAUGGCGACCAAGCGGCGAAACAAGCCGCCACGCUCUUGGGUUCUUCAGUCAGAAAUUACAUGUUACUUGAUGACGUGCAUUUUAUCGACCUGUUCUGCCAUCUCCAUAAAAAGAUAGCCACCGAAACCGACAGCGGCACAACAGGUACAGUCCUUUACCUUGGACAAGACACAGUGAAAGUCGGCUUUGUGGGCGACUGUUCCGUCUUUUUGUUGGGUAAAGAUGGCAUCACACGAAUCACAAACCCGCAUCGGUGUGGCAUGGCGAUGGAAGAGAAGCGAAUUGUCGCAAAUGGCGGGCGGAUCGAGGAGGCAAGCGGUGUGAGACGGGUGAAUGGUGUCAUCAACGUGACCCGAACACUUGGUGAUAGAAACCUCCACCCACCACUCACAUUUGAGCCCGAGAUUGUUUCCAUCAAUGUGAAGAAGGGUUACAGCCACAUUGUGAUCACAACAGAUGGAGUCGAUACUGUUGACAUUGAAGAGAUGGAAAAAUUGAUCCGAAGAAGCCCUUCAAUGUCUAUUGCAGCUUCAUCCAUUCGAAACGAGGCGUUCAAACAAAAAAGUAAGGACAACAUCUCUGUCGUUGUUGUGGAUUUGAAAUUCAGCCAAUACGAAAGACGGACCACAUCGCCACUCGUCGACGACUUCUGUAUUCCUGGGACAGACGAACCAAACCCUUUCGACUUUUAG